UCAAACGGGUACAAAGCAGUGAAGGAGCACUCGUAAACAAGUACCAAAAAAACCAAAGCUCUUGCAACAGAGUUUCAAUUUUCUUUCCUAGUUUUUGACUGUUUAAUUUCGUCUUCUCCAGUUCGUGCUCUUUGCCUUUCCAGCAGUCCAUACAGGAGCUUGUUUUGUGCAUAGAAGUGGGAGAACUGGAGCGAUUUGAAGAAAAAGGAGGGAAAAACUCGGUUGAAAAGCUUGAAUUUUGUUUGAAAUGGACGGAGGGUUAGGUGGAAACACUGUUCCGACGAAUACCAGUGACAAAUCUAGAGUUUUGAAUGUAAAGCCACUACGAACAUUGUUUCCACUAUUCCCUGAGCCGCCUGAGGGUCCUCCUUUUGUUUGUGUACCACCAAAUGGCCCUUUCCCGUCAGGGUUUUCACCAUUUUUCCCUUUUAGUGGUCUGCAAGGAUCCCAAUCUACGCCCGACCUUAACCAAAAUCAUUUCAAUUCAACUGCUGUUCCGCUUCGGUCGUUCAGAGCCGAACCGCCAGGUUCUGGCAAUGGCAAUCAUAAACACAAGUCAGCAGGACCAAGCUCCGUGAAAAGGAAAGCAAAGAGGAGAAAAGAAUCAGAAUCUGUAUUAACUUCACUAAUGAAUUUAAUUCCUGGAAUUAGUUUACCCGAACGAGACGAUGGUAACAGGGAAUUGGUUGAAAGUGUGCUUUUGCGGUUCGAUGCACUUAGGAGAAAACUUAGCCAAAUGGAAGAUGCAAAGGAAUUACAUUCUGGCAUUAUUAAGCGUUCGGACUUGAAAGCUGCCAACAUGAUGUUCACCAAAGGGGUACGGACUAACAUGAAAAAGAGAAUCGGGGUUGUUCCUGGUGUUGAAAUUGGGGACAUUUUCUUCUUCAGGAUGGAGUUGUCUUUAGUGGGGUUGCAUUUUCCGUCCAUGGCUGGAAUUGACUACAUGGCUGUCAAGGGUGGUGAAUCAGAGGGUGAGCGGCUGGCUUUAAACAUUGUUGCAUCUGGAGGGUAUGAUGACGAUGAUGAAGAUCCGGAUGUUUUGGUAUAUAGUGGUCAAGGUGGGAGUGCGAGUAGAGAUAAAGAAGCAUCAGAUCAGCAGCUUGUAAGGGGCAAUCUUGCUUUGGAAAGGAGCUUCCAUCGAGGCAAUGAAGUACGAGUCAUACGAGGUUUGAAUGUCAGUCUAGUGUCGAAGGUUUAUGUGUAUGAUGGGCUUUACAAGAUCCAAGAGUUGUGGACGGAGAAAGGGAAGUCAGGUUGUAAUAUGUUCAAGUAUAAACUGGUAAGGAUCCCUGGACAGCCAGCUGCUUUUGCCACUUGGAAAUCGAUUCAGAAGUGGAAAGAGUCUUCGAGGGUCGGACUUAUUCUUCCUGACAUCACUUCAGGUGCAGAAAGCAUGCCUGUUUCACUCGUAAAUGAGGUUGAUGACGAGAAGGGCCCUGCUCACUUCACAUAUUCCCCAACCGUCAGGUAUUCAAAAUCAUUCAAACUAGUGCAACCUUCGUAUGUUUGCAACUGCCACGACGCGUGUCAACCUGGAGAUUCUAGCUGUUCCUGCAUUCAGAAAAACGGAGGUGAUUUCCCUUACACUACGAAUGGGGUUCUAGCAUGUCGAAAACCCAUGAUAUAUGAAUGUGGUCCUUCGUGCCCAUGCAUUCGAAAUUGCAAAAACCGGGUUAUACAAACUGGUUUGAAAGCUCGCUUAGAAGUUUUUAAGACAAGAGAUCGUGGUUGGGGUCUACGGUCUUGGGACCCUAUUCGAGCAGGUACAUUUAUCUGUGAAUAUGCAGGUGAAGUUAUUGAUGAAACCAACGCAAGGCAGGAUGGUGAAAACGAGUACGUUUUUCAUACAAGCCGUCUCUACAAAUCCUUCAAGUGGAAUUUCGAAUCUGAAAGUACUGAAGAUUUUGAUAUCCCGUCUCCCGUAAUCAUAAGUUCGAAGAACAGUGGCAAUGUAGCUCGAUUUAUGAACCAUAGUUGCUCUCCAAAUGUUUUCUGGCAGCCAAUCAUGUAUGAAAGUAAUAAUGAAGCGUUUCUACAUAUUGCAUUUUUUGCAAAGAAACACAUCCCUCCCAUGACAGAGCUGACAUUCGAUUAUGGUACUCCGCUGUCAGACGGGACCGACGCCGACAACAACCCUGCAUACGGAAAGAAGCAAUGUUUAUGCGGAUCAGCUAAAUGCUGUGAUUAUUUCUACUGAGCUUCUGAUUGCCGACUUCUUGGUCUCGUGAAGGAGGUACGGAAUCUAGGUAAUCUUUGUCUAAAAUCAUGCAACUCUAUGCAUUUCAUCUUAAUGUUUGUAGCCUGUUUUUAUGUUACUGCCAUUAAUUGCAGAAGAACUGGAAAAUGUAUGGAAUACCAUGUUCGAUGGUGGUUUUGUAGAACGUUAAUCUAUGGUUAAAGUUAAUGGCAAAUUACUUGGUAUUUCACUUUCAUCUGCAACCGACACGCACAUACAAGUAAGAAUGUGU